AUGAGUGAUUCUGAUAGACCUGAUGUGCCAAAUGAUAGGUUUAGUGAAGAGACAAAUUUCGAAUUAAGUGAAGAGUAUGCAAGAAUUAAGAAUGAGCUUUUGACGAGAGAAAACAAUGGUAAUAUUAGCAAAGUAGAACUUAUCAAUUAUAGUCCAUUACGGAACGAUGCUGGUGAGGUGAGAUCUUAUUUACGUGAUUUAAGUGUAGCUUUAGCUUCUCAAAUUGAAGUAGUGGAUACUUCUGAUGACAAAGAUGAUUUGAAGCUUGAAUCAAUGUCUAUAAUAACAGAUGAGUCGGAACCAAUUAAGGAAACAAGUAUUGUGGAUGAGCAACCAGUGAUCCCAACAGGAUCAAUAACUGAUACUGUUUUCUCUAAGUUAGCGCCAAUUCGAUACAACUAUAAGAAACGUAAACUUUCUUCAUUUAUAAUAAAGGACAAUGGAGCUGAAGAGGAACAAUCGGUAGGGAUGGAGCCCUCACUGUUGCUUGGAGACGACUCAGAAAUAAUUCAUGAAAAUAAUGAAGAUCAAGAGGCUAGUUUAGCGAUGUCGCCGGUAAUAUCUGCUAUUCAAGAACCAGAGAUAUCUUUCCAAGAAGAGCCAUCGAUGAUGCAUAAAAUGGAACAGCUCGAAGCUAGAUCCAAUGCAAAAUUAGAAACUAAUCGUGAGAGACAACCAGAUCAUUCCAUAGAUAUGGAUACAAUGAGUCUCGAUAGAAGAGAGCAACAUUAUUUGGAUACGUUCUCUCAGCAUCAAAGAGAACCCUUACAAUUACGAGAUAUGAUACGACCAUUUUUAACAGAGCAUAAUGUCAAAUUAACUAAUGAGUCCUGGAAAUAUCUAGAAAUGAUCUCAGAGCCAUUUCUAGAAGAAAUAUCCAACGAAUUGACAGAUGAGUUUGGAAAGAUCUCAUUAGAUAGACAAAGUAUUAUUAUUUUACUUCAAAAGUAUAAACUAGUUUCACAAGAAUGCACAAACGAUGAAUUGUUCAACCUAUGCACACAAUACUUCCCAUUAGAAGAUAUCAAUUCAAUCGAACUUGCACUAUUCGAAUAA